AUGGAGCGUUCCUAUCUUGAGGACACAGAACAAAACUACACCUCACCAUCUGUGGUGCAGAAUGGUCCUGCUAUUCUGAGGGCAAGGUUCGUCCUGGUCUUCAGCUGCCUGGUCCUCUCUGUGUUCUCCACUAUCCCCGCUCAUCAGGACUUCUCCUCCUACUGUCUCCUCAUCCUGGAGUUUGUGAUGAUUGUGGUGUUUGGGUUGGAGUACAUCGUCCGUAUCUGGUCGGCAGGAUGCUGCUGUCGCUACAGAGGGUGGCAAGGACGCCUCCGCUUUGCCCGGAAGCCUUUUUGCGUCAUAGACAUCAUCGUUCUGAUAGCGUCGGUUGCCGUGGUGUCAGCUGGUAGCCAGGGCAACAUAUUCGCCACCUCAGUCCUGCGGAGCCUUCGCUUCCUGCAGAUCCUCCGCAUGGUGCGGAUGGAUCGUAGAGGAGGAACCUGGAAGCUGCUGGGCUCGGUGGUCUACGCACACAGCAAGGAGCUUGUAACAGCCUGGUACAUCGGAUUUUUGGUUCUUAUCUUCUCUUCUUUCCUCGUCUACCUUGUGGAAAACAAGUUCAACAAGGAAUUUGCCACCUACGCUGAUGCCCUGUGGUGGGGCACGAUCACCCUGACAACUAUUGGCUACGGGGACAAAACACCAAAGACAUGGACAGGACGGAUGCUGUCUGCAGGGUUCGCUCUCCUGGGCAUCUCCUUCUUUGCCUUGCCAGCUGGUAUUCUGGGCUCAGGUUUUGCCCUGAAGGUCCAGGAGCAGCACAGACAGAAGCACUUUGAGAAACGGAGAAACCCAGCAGCCUACCUCAUCCAGUGUGUUUGGCGUAGUUAUGCGGCUGAUGAGAACUCGGUUUCCAUUGCUACCUGGAAGCCUCACUUGAAGGCAUUGCAUACCUGCAGCCCUACAAAGAAGGAGCAGGGAGAGUCUACCACAAGUCAGAAGUUGAGCUUCAAGGAGCGGGUGAGGUUGGCGAGCCCCCGAGGUCAAAGCAUCAAGAACAGGCAAACGUCCUCAGUGAACGACAGGCGCUCGCCGGUGGCUGAGACUGGGACAGAGAGCACCAGCCCCGCGAAGGUGCAGAAGAGCUGGAGCUUCAACGACCGCACACGUUUCAGACCCUCACUCCGCCUUAAGAGCCAGUCCCGCUCCACCACUGAUGCAGAAUCCAACAUGGCCGGGGAGGAUGGCUUUGAUGAUAAGGGCUGUCACUGUGAGAUCUCAGUGGAGGACCUGCUACCCUCAGUCAAGUGUGUCAUUAGAGCCGUCAGAAUAAUGAAGUUCCAUGUGGCCAAGAAGAAGUUUAAGGAGACGCUACGUCCUUAUGAUGUGAAAGAUGUGAUCGAGCAGUACUCUGCCGGUCACCUCGACAUGCUGUGUCGUAUCAAGAGCCUGCAGACCAGGCUGGACAUGAUAGUAGGCCCACAGACCCUGAGCAGCAGAGCCAAGACCUUUUCUGCCCCCUCCCUGCCUGUUUAUUACAGCCAGGGCAGAAAGAACUCCACACAGGGAGUGGACCAAAUCCUAGGGAGAGGCCAGAUCCCUCUGGAUAAGAAGAUUCGAGAGAAGCUGCUGUCUGAUGGAGAUAUUUUAGAGGAUAUGAGCAUGUUGGGUCGCGUCUGUAAAGUGGAGAGGCAGGUCCAAUCAAUUGAGUCAAAGCUCGACUCCCUGCUCGACAUCUAUCGUCAGGUUUUGCGUAAAGGCUCAUCUUCGGCCCUCACUCUCUCCUCUCUGCCACUGUUUGAGUUGGAGCAGACCUCUGACUACCACUCCCCCGUCUUCGGCAAGGAUCUGUCCUGCUCCACCCAGGUCAGCAGCAGCACCGGAGCGCCUCCCACUGGGGGCUGCGUCACACGCUCCUCCACCAACUCCCAACUCUCCAAGGGAGGACUCCAUCUUAUCCUAGCGCCGCCCAACGAGCUCAACCUCAAUCUCAAUGCCUCUUCCUCGACGCCUCCCUCCAACCUCGCAUCCUCCUCGUUUAGCCCAUCGCCAUUGCCUCACCAACAUCCUCACCACCACCAUCAUCAUCCACAUUAUCCUCGCCCUCAUCACAGCCAGGCUCAAGCCACCACACCUGAAAGUGGCACCGACGAGGCCGUGUGUAGCUCUUCACCGCUGCUCACCCCAAACAGUAUCAGCAGUGGCAGCGGCGGAGGAGUUGCCGACGGAGGGUUUCCUCUUCUGACGAGACUUCCACCGCCGCCCCCUCCCAGUCGAAGUGGCCAGCCCCUGGUGCCGCCGUCCCUGGGCUGCUGCUCUGGCCCCUACAAGAUGGACCGGGGCUUGGGCAAGUCCAUGUCGGUGCAGGACCUGAUGCAGGCAGCUCCCGGGACUGUCCAGGACUCCCACCACAGCCACAGUCUGUCAUCUCCAAGCCCAAGUACAAGUAGUGAUUCCCCCAUUGGCUUCCACAGCUGCAGCCAAGACCCUGGAGGAGGAAGAGGGGGUGGUGGUGGUGGUGGUGGUAAUAUAAGCAGAAGCGAUGGCGUUGUAUGGGGUGAGGAGGACCUCUUUAUCAGUGACAGGGAGAUAGAGACACAGGGAUUUGACUUUCUGUCCCUGGGGGCUGCUGAGACCCCCUCUUUUACCUUGGAGCUCCAGAGGACAGGGAGCAGAUCAGGGGCAGGGUCCCGUGGCUCAAACAGUAGCCUGGCCAGUGGCCAUGCCUCUCCACCCUCGACUGGCAGCUCCGAAUUGCUGAACAUGCCACACGUACGGCUAAAAUAAACUCGCCUACAGUCCGAAAAAGGCACAGAAAAUCUCACCUCACAAAGACGAUUUUAUCCUUUUUGGAGGGGGAGGGUUGGUGUUUAACAAGGGGUCCAUUUUGUUUUCUUUUAUGUUGAUUCAUUUGGUAAAAAUCACAGUAUUUUCAUACAGGUUGGUCAUAUGUGGCAUAUCAUUGCACGAGUUAUUCUUUGUUUUCAAGUAUGAUCGACAAAUCGGGAAAAGAAAGAUGAAGGCUUCUAUAAUGGACACAUAGUAGUACUGUCAACCAAAUCUGGCCUGACAGACGAUUGGUUGUGUAAGACCUUGAGAUGCAGCAUGAGAAUUGCAUGUUUUCAGUCAAAUGUACUGAGUUAAGCAAGAUAAGCAAAUGACAAAAUGAAACAGCAUGGAGACUUUGAGUGUAUUCACAGGGUGGAUAAAACAGGCAUAAAUAUGUUAAUGUGGUCAGAAUGCAUUAUUAAGACAUGAAUACCAGACCAGCAUGUAUGAAGUCCAACAAGAGUUGCUUCUCCUACCUUUAUGCAAAAAAACCCCCCAAAAAAACGUUGUAGUUCCACAACAGAGGCUAUGCGGUUCAUUAAGAGUUCAUAGGAGUGUCACAUCCAUGGGCCCGGCUACAAGUCCAUGCUUGAUCGAUUGACUUUACCUUUUUGAUCACAUCAUGGAUUAUUUAAUAACUUUGCUUGGAUUAAGAAAGUCUGACAAAUGUAAAACGUAUAUGAAAUAAAGAGUCAUAAUUCAGUCUUAAAUGAACAUGUUGGUAGUGCAAAGAUUUCCUGUCUACAGUUUCAUCAAAGACUUGUAAAGAAUGCUCAUUUAUAUGGCGGUAGUUUUGGGUGAUUUAGGUCAAUCCCUGUACUCAUUGAGCCUCUCGAGGCAAGGGUAGAUAUGUUAGGGCCUUUGCUGUAGCUUUGAAACACUGAUAGUGAAUAUACCACAUGGAGACGUUUUCCCCCUUCACUUGUAUAAGUCUGACUGUAAACUCGAGACACAUUGCUGCAGGAGUUGAACGACCGCAUUGUAAUCUGCACUCAAAUGAAGAUAUCUGUCUAUAGAGAUUGAUAAAAAGCAAAUUGGUGUCAAUUAAAAACCAAUGGUUACCAGGAUUGCAUUUUGGUCAAUGGCUAUUCCCUUUUCUCUUGACAAGCACUGUUUU